AUGUUGGAGGAGUUUGGUAUGCAGAAUUGUUCAAGUGUCAAGACUCCUUUACCCACUCGUGAUCUUUCUGAUUUUUCCGAGUCUGACUCUGCUACCGAUGCCUCCAUGUAUCGCAGUAUUAUUGGUAAGCUGAUUUAUGCUGCUAAUUGUGCUCGUCCUGAUCUUGCUGUUGCUGUUAGCUUUCUUUGUCGAUAUAUGCAGAAUCCUAAGUCUAUUCAUAUGGAAGCUGCUAAGCAUACUCUUCGUUAUCUUAAGGGUACUGCUGAACUUGGUCUUGAAUAUCGAGCUCAGAAAGUCUACAAGCUUGUUGGCUAUAGUGAUGCCGACUAUGCACAGGACAAGCAGGACCGUAAGUCCUUUACUGGUCCUGCAUCGUCCAGCGUCGAGUCUGAGUACAUGUCAUUGUCUGAUGCGUCUAAGGAAUGCUUCUGGAUUAAUCAGUUGUUGUCCCUUUGCAAGAUUCCUGUUCCGUUGCCAGUGACUAUGUUUGAGGACAAUCAGGGAUGUAUUGCAUUGGCUCAGAACCCAGUGUUUCAUCGUCGCACCAAGCAUAUUGAUGUUCGUUAUCAUGUUGUGCGUCACUAUAUUCGCAGUGGAGUGAUUCAUCUGGAGUAUCUUGAUACUCAAGUGAUGUUGGCAGAUAUGUUUACUAAGAAUCUUGGUCGUGUGAAGUUUGAGACAUUAAGGGGACUACUUGGUAUGAAGGCAGUAGGUGAUUCUGCGACAAGGGGAGGUGUUGAGCAUGCAAUGUUGUCGCAGACUAGUGCAGUUGAUAAUGCACGUGAGUUUGGGUGGGAAACUAUGGUUGAUAACUUUUGA